CUGGGCCGCACUAGCACUGAGGGCAGUGCUUGAAACUUUCAUAAUAUAUGCCGGCCAUCUUGCUGUCAAGAUGUGUCCGUUCAUCUCAAACUCUGCUCAUCUCAAACUCUGCUCAUUGCCCGCUCCAACAUGCGGUUCAAGAUUGAUGGACUCGUUGCAACUAUUACCGUCUUUUCCCUACCCUACUUCAUAGGCAGUGGCCUAGCUUCCACUUCGAAUGAGUUCAACCUGCCUCAAGGCAUUCGGGGUGGCAGUACUAAUGGCCUCUUCAAUUUCGCCUCUGAUCUACAUCGUCGCCAGAGUACUGACCCUGAAUGGCUUCGGAUAAUGCCUUUGGGAGCAUCGAUUGUCGCAGGUGUUGCAUCUUCUCCUAGUGAUGGCUUUCGCAAGCCCUUGCGUGAUCAUUUGAGAUCCAUCGGGUACAAGGUCAAUAUGGUCGGAAGCCAAUUCAACAUGGAUGGCAGCAUGCGAGAUGGUGAUCAUGAAGGGCAUCCGGGACAUCGCAUCGAUCAGAUCGUCAAUGACAUUGAUCUGUCCAACGAUACUAAGCCGAAUCUCUAUCUUAUCAAUGCUGGCACUAACGACUGUCAACAAAACUACUUGGAGAUGAGGGGCACCAUCAACCGCCUACGCGGUCUGGUAGAAAAAGCUUGGGAUAUGUCGACGAGAGCAACGAUAAUCCUUUCAACUCUCCUUCCGUCAGACAAUGAGGAUCAGGUUCCCGGUGCCAACGAACGCGUUAGUCAACUUAAUAUUGAAAUACGAGAGUUAGCUUCGUUUUUGAAUAGGACUGGUAGCAGGAUCGAACUUGCAGAAAUGAACGAUGGCUUCAUUACCAACGCCGACUUGAGCUGUGACGGAAUCCAUCCCACCAAUGCUGGGUACCGAAAGAUGGCUGUCGUUUGGAACGCCGCAAUCGCCAAAGCACAGGCAGCCCACUUUUUGCAAGACCCAGAAGACAAUGGUAUACCGGAUGCCCGUAUCGCUAUAACGGCACCAAGAUAGGGGGCUACAUUCCCUACGCUUCUUUCCAAUAAAUAUGAUAGACUUGAGAAAAGAAUCGCGUUUGCUCAGAUUAUCAAUGUGGGUAGAAAUCUAUAUCCUGAGGGAGCAUUUGAAGACAUGUUGUAUUGG